UGUGUUUGUUGCCAGAGAGAGACAGAGAGAGAGAGAGAUAGAGGGAGAGAGAGAGAGAGAGAGAGAGAGAGAGAAAGAGAGAGAGAGAGAGAGAGAGAGAGAGAGAGAGAGAGAGAGAGAGAGAGAGGAUAGCAAGGCAGCUAGAGAGCUCGAGGGAGACGAUAGAGUGGGAGCGAUAGCGAGAGCUAGAUAAUGGAGGUGCAGUCUGAGUGCGUAGAGCCUCCUGUGGCCCCUCAGUGUGACCCCCAGCCCACUGGGAAGAUCAACAAAGCUGCCUUCAAACUCUUCGGAAAGCGACGCACCGGCUCCGGGAUGGCCAGCUUCUUCUCCUUCAGGAACAAAGGGGCCACAAACAGCGGGAGCAACGGGAAUUCUGACAAUGGGAAUUCUUUGAAUGGGAAUGGCUCGGCGUCGGAGCUCAUUAGGAGUAAAACCCACGAUGGACUAAUAGGCUCAACCAACGACACUGAUGGACAGAGAGGGGACGGGCUCGCCAGCCUGGAAGCUGGCCCGGUGAGGUCUCUCAGCAAAUCCCUGAGUUUCUUCUCUCUACUCCGACGUGGGAGUUUUAGGUCGACUGAAAAUGGGGGGUCGGGACUUGUUAGAAGAGGGAGGGGCCUAAAGGGCUUCUUCAGCAGCAUGCGAUGGAGACGAAAGGAAAAAACUAACGAGGGAGAUGGGGUAGAGGUGGAAGGUCCCAAGGAGAAGGAUGGGGAUAGUACCCACUCUGAGAAGGUAAAGGAUAUUACUCUUACCCUUGAACCACCUCCGCAUCAUCACCAAGAGGAUGGUGGGAAUGCAGAGGCAGAGCCUAACCUCCGAGCAACAGAGACUCCGAUUACUACUGUUACCAUGACACCACCACACUGUGUUGCCAUGACAGGGCCAUCUGUUGAGCCAGACUCCCCCGUUCCUUACACACCCACUGACUCGCCGCUGCGGCCGACCAUUCAAAAAGCCAAAGCCUCAAUUUCCAGCCUCACCCCCUCUCUUGCUUCGCCCCCCUUGGACCGCUGCAGCACGGGUGACCCACCCUCGGAACCUUCGGUGGACAGACUCUGCUCUCUUCUCUUCAAUGACGUCACAUCCCUGAAGAGCUUUGAUUCACUGACAGGCUGUGGGGACAUUACUGCCGAUGCAGACGAUGAGGGUCCGGCAGGUAAUGGGGGCAGUGGCACGAGCAGCAGCAGUAGUGGCGGAGGAGGGGGGCCUGUGGGAGCAAGUGUUGGGAGAGCGGUUGGUGUCGCUAGUGCCACAUCCCGUGGAUCCCCGUCCAAACCGUCUCUACCCUCCCAGCUGAGCCAGCCCAUCUACUCUGUUUCCUUAAGCUCAGGGCAUGCCUCCCUCCCAGCCAGGGCUCGGGCUCCACCUCCACCACAGCAGCACCCAGCUGGUAGUGGUGUGGUGGCUUACAUGGGUGGAGGGGAAGAAAUGGCAAGUCCAGAAGGAGUGGACGAUGCAGACAUGCAAGGGCUCUGGCACAUGCUGCCCUCCACGGGGGACAACUCUCCGGCUUUGCCCAGAUUGCAUCAACCUCCCUCCACCACCCCUACUUCCACGUAUCCCCCUCGCUCCAACCCCUCAAGCAGCCACCUUUCUCUUGCCUCCAGGAUUUCAGAACGGAAGGUACCCCAGGUGAAGGCAUUGGGGCUGAGCAAAAUUCCAGUCGUCGGCGGAGCUGCAGUCCGGCCAGCUAAAACCUCCCUCCCUCACCCACAUGGCCGCCAUCCAACAUCACCUGGGGAGAAAGAGCCACUCAGUGAUGAGGGCUACUGGGACACACCCUCAGCAACCCCCACAGCGACGCCUGAUGAGAGCAGGCUGCAGCGUAACCAGAGGAUGGCCCUAUCACGCGACAGCUACUCUGGAGACCAACUUUAUGACCUUUAUGAUGACCCUGAGGAGCAUCGAGAUGAUGAAGAACUGGAAGGAGAUGACGAUCUAAACAGUACCCCUUCUCCAUCUACUGAGUACAAACUAAGCCCCACAUCCCAAACAACUCCUCCUUCUUCCUCCUCCUCUUCUUCAUUUCGAUCGAUGAAAGGCAGCGCCAGCCUUCCACGUGACUCCAAAAUCCCAGUAAGCAACAAACAGUCGUCACCACCCCACUCUGUGAGCCAGUCAGGCCUUUCGUCCGUCCUGGAGGCUGAAUCCCAACCACCAAAGACCGAGGCGCCUCCCCCAGUCCGCACCAGAAUUCCUGUAUCUAAGGUGCCUGUCCGUCGAUCUGGAAACAAACCCGGCAGCAGAGGAACUGCCCACAAGAAGUAGUUUCUGUCAAACUGGUAGUUCUCCCCCACUAUGGUCUGGGCUUGAGUUUGUACCUUGCUAUGGUGCGGUUUAUGCACAGCCAAAAGUUUUCCCACACGCAGAAAAAUGUUGAGCUGUGGAGUUAACAGCCUAUAAAUUCCUCUCAAAUCUUAAAAGCACUCACUCCUCAAGUGUUUUGGCUUUCGACGACGAGAAUGAAUGGGCUUGUUCGCUUGAGAAAGUCACGAGGAGACUCCAAAAAGCUGGGUUCACACUUCAUGGCCCCUCGCAGGAACAUUGGAGGUUGACUCUUGACAAUCCAUGGCCAUGCAAUAGACACAUUUGCCUUGUAGCUUCCUGGAAAAGCUCCUGACUUACUGACACUUGGAUUCAGCUCAAGACUGCACACUGCGAUAAAGAAGGAGAAAAAACAGCAGAGCACCUUUUUUAUAUCUCCUGUUUUCUUAUGGAAUUCCAAAUCACAUAACUCAAUUUACUCAGAAGGACCUCAUCUAAAUGAAGUUUUUCUAGUUGUUUUGAGUUUGUCAUCUUGUCUAAUCAGUAACAAAGUACCUCCUAAUCCUCUGAAUUUAGAGCCAAAGUUUGACGUUCUCUAAUAGUCUGGCAUAAUCUCAACAACAUCCACAGCCACAUUUUUUGUUUUGCUGUUGUAUGUGUAUUUUACUUUCAGCUCUCCUAGUGACUGCACAGUUUAUUCAAACUAAACGUGCAUAUUUCCAAAUGAGUUCUUAGAUCUGAACUGGUUGUAAAACUUUGCAGCUACAAAUACAGGAACGCUUCUCUGCAGAAGGCUCCAGUUUGUUGACUGGUAAAAAAAUGUAUUUCGGAAGUUUGGAUUAAGCCUGUGAUAUUUGGAUCUGCAUCACUGAAUCACUGGAAGUACAUCCAUCCAUCAACCUCUGGGAUUUACAAGUGUUAAGCUACAGAUGGAAACCUGGAAAACUAUCGCAAUAUUCUACCUGGAGGGAUCCGGUGCACUGACAUAACACACGGACACACACACAAAAACCUUUUUUCUCCAUCUCUGCAUGCAGUGCCACACACAUGCACCCGGCACAAAGGUCAGGAACAUCAUCUAACAAAGAAGGAUCUAAGACACACACUGUGCAGCCUUUGGCCUUUUUCUUCGUAGCUACACUUGAUGACUUUCUUCUCUAAAGACACAUGCACUAACAACUGUUUUUUUUCUAGCUAGAACUUUCUCUUUCACUGUAUUUCAUACUGUUUUGUAAGCCCUGUUUUCCUAGGUCACAUUGCACAGAUCUUAAACUGUGAUUGCACCAGUUUGUCUAUAGUCCGCCCUCUAUCUGUAAAAUCUGGGGACUGAUGCUAACACAGAGCAGAGUCCUUCACCCCCAUUUCCUGGCUUUUGUACUUGCCGUACAACCUCAUUCUAGGAUCCGCUGUUAGCUGCGUGUGAAUCGGAAUGUAGUUGACAUCAUGGUAGAUCAUUGGUCAGCAUAUAUUUCCCCCUGUGUUGGUGUGUUUUCCUCUUUGUCCCUCUUUCUGUGGGGGCAAGACAAUGGGCGGAAUCCACUAUUUUCUAAGACCCCCAGUGUUUUGUAAAACGGAAACAAGCUACUGCACAGUGUGUGCACUUGUAUUAAGAAUGAGUAGUGUGUGUUGCAGUCCUAAAGGGCCUUUGUCAGUGGCUGAGUGAGGCAAGUUACUGGGGGCAGAGUGUUCUCCAUCCAUUAGAUGAGAGAAAGGCGAGUUUUCUCUAAUCCGAGCCACAAGGGGUUCCAAUGACAUUCGAGGGUCGUUCUAGUUCAUGAUAGCUUUCCAUCUGGUUUAGGAGCCGAAGAUUGAUCCAAAAUGCUGCUCCAGGUUCAGGUAUCUUUUCAUCCUCCUGAUGGUUGAGCAUAGAACAGGCCCCGGAGUAACCUCCCAGGUCUGCGGUGAGAGUAUUUCUCACCCAGAGGAAAGGGGAGAGUAAAGGUCACUUGGAUCACAUCUGUUCCUGUCUUUUUGAAUUUACAGUAGCAUGCAAUCAAUUUCAUUCAUCCUUCCUCCGUUGAGGAAGGGAUUGAAAGGAAUCAGGAGGGAAAAUGGGUGGAGUAAUACAGGGUACAGGGUGGACAACAAUAAAAACCAUCGCACCUGGUAAAAAUGGGAUGAUACUUUUGGACUGCUGAUGAAAACAGUUGGCUCAGUGGUACAAAAAUCACAACUGUGAAUGGGAAACCACACAAUCAAAUGGUUGAACUAGACAAGACUUUAUAGUGACAUUUUAUAUAUUUAACAGGUUUUGUUCAAAUCCUCCUUGGUUAAUGAAUUUGUUGACUGUGAUGUGUUUUGCCGCUGCACAGGGAUGACAUCAAACAUGGAGGCCAGCAGAUUGCCAAGUUGCUCAGCUCCCUCUGUUUUUGUUUUCUCUCCUUCCUCUCCUACAAAUUGAGCCUCCAUGUGAUCACUGCAUUGCAAACAAAGUUAUUUUUUUUUAUUUGUUAUCUUUAUUUAACCAUCUGUUCACGGUGUGAAAUCCUUUCACUUUUCUUAUUUAAUGAAUAAAACUGUGUUUGCGCCGACAAACAAGCUCAUGACUCUUUGUAACCACGUUUAGGGAUUCCAUUAAUGCCGGCAGCUUCAUGUGCUUAAUCAUGUACUUAUAGAAAGAGAGUAACUAGACUGAGCCCUUCUCUCCUUCACUCCCUCUCCUCCAUCCUUCACACCAACACAUCCUGGGGGCUCAGAUCCCCCAAGGGGCCCAGGCUGUGGAUGGGAGAAACAGAGAUGCUUUUUGUUGAUGUGUGGCGUGUUGCAUUUUUGUUGUGGAGCCACACUUGCAAAGAGCGCCGCUUGGCUUGGGCAUAAUAGGUUAUCGAUACAUUUUAUUGAUUGCUGGGAUGAAAGCCUGAUGGAUGUGUCAUUGUCUGCUGUUGGACUCCAGAAGGGCAAAAGGAAAAAUAUAUGCGGGAACGAGGACGAGCAGACGAGCAAUAUGACAACAAAGAAGCAGCUGACACACAGCUGAUUCAUGUGGAAACGGAACAUGUGCAUAUGUGUGAGUGUGUUUGUGUGUGUGUGCGUGUGUGUGUGUAUGUGUGUGUGUGUGUGUGUGUGUGAUUGUGCUUAAUCAACAUGAAAUCGAAGGUCUCAUCAUUUCAAGAAGACACAUGUUGCUGGAAACAGAUCACGUGCUGUUGUGUUGUGGGUGCAGCACAUGAAGCGUAUUAGGAGGAGGAUUUGGUGCAGUGCGAAUCCCCUUUGUAAUGGUGCAGCAACACCCCCCCCCCUCCCCUCUUUCUACUCAGCUUCCUCUCUGUGUUCCUGCACCCUGAGGUCUGUGCAAAAGCCCUUACGUAAGACCAUAACACUCACUUUUUACCAGCCCACCACAUCAAAGCUACAGCCAUGCUGACAGGGAGGACGGUGCACGCUGGUGUGCGCAUGUGUGUUUGGCUGAUCUCAUCAUUUAAUCCGCUGCUGCUUUGGUGCUGCGUGUGGACAUCCAUUCUCAUUGUGUGUGUUUGUGCAUUAGUUUUUGUGCAUAAAUCUGAUGUGCGUGCACGACAGGGAGGAUUUACUGUGUGCUUGAACAUAGAACAACAUGUUGUGUAAAGCACUGAAGAAGAGAACAAGAGGUUUGUUCAGUUGGGAGUAGGCAUCUGCGCUCUUUAAAUGAAGUCUUUACUUAGCCUUUGUGACUUUUGAUAAACAGCAGCCAUAGGGGACUAAUGAUGAGAUGGUUUUCACAUUUAAACAUACACUAUAAAGCAGAUGUUUCUAGAACAACCCCACAUUUUGUGUUACUUCUGACGCAACAUGAUUUCCAUUGAAUUUUCACAUGAUCUGACUGUCAAAUAUAACACCAUGUGUGAUCCUAAUACAAACACAUUGUUGCGUUAAAAAUGUGUUAAUUCUAUUGCAAUGAUUUGGAUUGAUAUAAACACUCAACUUAAGUUUUUUUUAUUGUGAAAGAUUUGCAGGAGCAGAAGAUGCACGGCUUCAUUUUUGUAGUACUGGUAUUUAUUUGAGUACAAGGGACUUUGUUCAUACAAGGCCAUAAUCUCAGUUGUGGCCAUAUUCAAAUCAAAGCCUAUAUGUUAAAGCAUUGAGCUGCAGUAGCAGCUCCUCUGUAGAACAUGAUGUGGAACUGAGAAGCUACAUACUUUGCAUCGUAAAUAUUAAGUGAUAUUAAUUUGAAUAUUGUGCAUUGAAUAGAAACAUUUGCAGA